AACUCUCGAUUGACAGGAGGCGUGUCGCAUAUAAUAUCAUCCCCUCACGUGCCCCUCCCAACCUCCACCUAAUAUCUAAUGGAUAUCGCGGAAAAGGCUCAAGGCCUCAGCGACCUGGAACUGGCCACCCUGCUGUGCCUCGUGGCUGAGCAGCACUGCAUCAUCCAAGCCGCCCACCCAGACCAGCUCGGCCCGCUGGCCCAAGAGCUACAGCUCGUCGCUGCCAACUGCUUCGGCCUCUCCUGUGCCGUUCUCGACUGCUCCGACAAAACGAGUCUCGAUGACUUUAGUAACGGGCUGCUGGUCGAAGACGACGACCCGUCCUAUUUUACCUCGACGCCUGGUCACUACCCGGAACAGGAUUCGUUUGGCGGAUCUCCGCCAGAGGGCCACCGUACGCCCCGUCACCGCAGUCCUAGAUCGCCUCUCGAAGUAAAUCUAAAAAUCGCCAAUGUCGUGGUGGCCAAGAACCUGGAUUGCGCACACCGUCAGGUGCAGACCCAGGUGCUCGAGCUUAUUCGUGGAAAACGCAUCUUCACUCGAACAGCAGUUUACCCCGUGCCGAAGCGGUUUCUGUUCAUCUCACUUCUGGCAUCGCAUUCAGGAGCCAAUCUAACGCCCCAUCUUAAUGACCAUUUCUUUAUCUCUCACUACCACCAAACGGAAGAUGGCCUGCCGAAUCUUGAAGAGUACACCGGCAAGCGUGCCGUAUCAGAUGACAGCGCAUCUCUGGAUUCAGUGAUACGACCGUCUUCGUCACCUGCUGCGCCUUUCCGACCCAGCUUUCAGAUGCCGCUAUUCCCACAAGCCGACGUUGAGGCAUUAUCUCAACGCCAGAUGAAUGCUCGCAUCGCUUCCGAGGUUCGCGCGUAUCUGCACAACGUCGUGGUUUUCAUGCGCCUGCACCGCGGCGUAGCCGGAGGCAUCUCAGCCCUCGGAACCCGGCACUUUCUGAUGCUGUCAAAAGCCCUGGCUCCUCUCCACGGGCUGGACUACGUCACGCCUUCGCUGGUAGCCUUGGCGGCGCGCAAGAUUUAUCCACAUCGAAUCAUUCUUACUACCCCAGAAAACGAGCGCAGCAUGCAGUGGGGCAGCGACGUAGAGGCCGUGAGGCAGGCGUUGGAAGGUGUUACGGUCGAGGAUGUUAUCGACGAGGUGUUGCAACAGGUGGAGGUGCCGCUCUAGAUUUCUCCUUUCUCUUAAUAUUUGAUACGCGUGGGCGGCUAGCGGAUCGAUAAGUUGCGGCGCAGUCAUGCAAGCCAUCCCGUAACUUCGAACGUCUGGAGUCUCGUCUCGUGG